CAGAGACUUCAUCGUUUUUCCUCUUUCUUCUUUACGACUUUAGGUAAGAAGCCCAUUUCCUCUGGUCCGUUCUUGCGCGCCACCACAUUGGCUUCGUCCCCGUGGCCUCCCUUUACGGCGACACCCUCGCGAAAAUAAUCAUCCCUCUUCCGUCUGCCAACACUAACCUGUUGGCGAAGUCCUGUCUACGAAAUCCCCCUCCGCUCACACCAGACUUUUUCCAUUCCCCGAAGUUCACCAUUUCUCACUUUUCCGACAUCAUGGACGCCACCGACUUGCACGAUACCACCAUGGUCGAUGAGGCUUCCCCGGACGCCGUCAACAUGAUGGAUGAUGUUGACAUUGAGACGACCCCCAAGACGGAGGAGGAGUACGCUCAAUCGAUGCUGACUCUCCGCGCCAUCGUUUCCUCCAAGGAAGCCGGUAUCAUCAUUGGCAAGUCUGGCAAGAACGUUGCCGACCUGCGUGAUGAGACUGGCGUGAAGGCCGGUGUCAGCAAGGUGGUUCCCGGAGUUCACGAUCGCGUAUUGACCGUCACUGGCCCUCUGAACGGUACCGCCCGCGCCUAUGCUCUUGUGGCCAAGGGCCUGCUCGAAGGCGCCCCGCAGAUGGGCAUGGGUGGCAUUGUGUCCAACAACGGAACUCACCCCGUUCGCCUUUUGAUCUCUCACAACCAGAUGGGUACCAUUAUCGGACGGCAAGGUCUCAAAAUCAAGCACAUCCAGGACGCGUCGGGUGUGCGCAUGGUCGCGCAGAAGGAGAUGCUCCCCCAGUCUACUGAGCGGAUCGUCGAAGUGCAAGGAACCCCGGAGGGUAUUGAAAAGGCCGUCUGGGAAAUCGGCAAGUGUCUCAUUGAUGACUGGCAGCGCGGCACUGGUACCAUUUUGUACAACCCCGCCGUCCGUGCUUCCGUUGGCACCACCAGCAGCAGCUCCAUGAGCCCAAGUGUUGGCGGCGGCAGCAGCGGCGGCGGCAAUGGCUACAACAGCCGUCCUUACAACCGCACCGGUAACGGUGCCGACUUCAGCGACCAGUCCGGUGGCUACGGCAGGCGAUCCAACCCCGACACCAGCAACCGUGGUUACCCGCUUGUCACCGAAGAUGGCGAAGAAAUCCAGACCCAGAACAUCAGCAUUCCCGCCGACAUGGUUGGAUGUAUCAUUGGCCGGGGUGGAAGCAAGAUCACGGAGAUCCGCAGGAGCUCUGGAGCUCGGAUCUCCAUCGCCAAGGCUCCCCAUGACGAGACGGGCGAGCGUAUGUUCACCAUUAUGGGUAGCGCUCAGGCCAACGAGAAGGCGCUUUACCUUCUCUACGAGAACCUCGAGGCCGAGAAGACCCGUCGCAGCCAGCUACAGGAGUAAACACUCAGCACAACCUGGCGCCCGCCUUGCGCUCUUGAGCAUUUGAUGCGCUCAUUCCCCGGAGCCGUUUGGCACGCAAUCACCACCUCUCCCACUUGUGCUAAUCCCUUUUUU